GCGGGAAAGCGGAAGGGCUCUGGACCUGACCGUGAGCUCCUGGUUCUCACCCACGAGAUUCCGCAGCCCCCUGACCCCGCACUCCCGGGAUUGCAGUAUGGAGGCCGGGCUGCUGUGGUUCUGCAACUGGAGCACGCUGGGCGUUUGCGCCGCACUCAAGCUGCCGCAGAUCUACGCGCAGUUGGCGGCGCGCAGUGCGCGGGGCAUCAGCCUCCCCAGUUUACUUUUGGAGUUGGCGGGGUUCCUGGUCUUCUUUCGCUACCAGUGUUACUAUGGGAACCCGUUGCUCACCUACCUGGAAUACCCCAUUCUCAUCGCACAAGACAUCAUCCUCCUGCUCUUCGUCUUCCACUUCAAUGGGAACGUGAAGCAGGCCUUGCCCUACAUGGCUGUAUUUGUGUCAUCCUGGUUCAUCCUCAGCCUGCAGAAAUGGAUCAUCGACCUGGCCAUGAACUUAUGCACUGUCAUCAGUGCGGCCAGUAAGUUUGCCCAGCUCCAGUAUCUGUGGAAGGUGCAGGACUCGGAAGCCGUGAGUGCACUGUCCUGGGGCCUCUCUGCCUACACCUGUGCAACACGAAUAGUAACAACUUUAAUGACCACCAAUGAUUUCACAACUCCCCACAACAGAACUCUAACCCACAGGCAGAUGAGGAGACUGGAGCCUAGAGAGAUCACUGAGAACUCUGGGAGUUCAGAAGAUGCUCUUGGACUCUUCACUAUUUCACCUGGGAGGCUUUUCAGAUGUUCCUGAUAACCUACACUGAGACUUCAAGCAAGAAACCAUCCCUUGAGAUGGUUAGUAACCAUAACCUUAUCUCCGUAUAACCAGCGCUUUACUUCAUAAAUUAUUUUCAAAAUUAUAAAAUAAGUCUAAAACUUUCCCAUCAAAAAAUUUCAUAUGACUGUACAUAUGUCAUCAAAAAUGGGCCUAGGUAUAUAGUAGAGAAAGCCCUAAGCAAAAAGAAUCAAUAGUUUAAAUUUACAUCUUGAAGAUUUACAAAGACCAGAUACUAGUUGUUAAACAAUAACUGACCAUAAAAAUUUAUCAACCUGUUCUUGGAUAUGUGCCAUUAGCCUUGGAUGAUUUUACGUUUUACUUUGCCAAAUGAC